UCCUCUAGUGUAGCUGCACACAUGCACGCGACAGCAUCUGACCGCCGUACCACCAGCCGCCGCAGCCGCAGCAACCGUAGCUACCGCCGUCGUAGCUUGUCGCGUGAACUCUCAUCCAAGCGUGCCUACGAUCACGCUGUACGAGGGAGGAUACGUCGACAGGUUGGACCUGACUCACCCGUCGGCAGGUCGUAAUAGUCGCUUCCCACCUGCGUUGCUAUCGGCUAUCUCGACACAUUGCGUCGUGACGGUCGCUGCUAAUCGCGUCACGUGUUAUUCACAAUGACGUGACGCCCAGGGAGCGUUUUAUGGGCGGCAGCGAGUGGUGAAUCGGUGUAGAGUGACCUGGCUCUCGCUAGUCAAAUUCGCGGUUAUUCAUGUUGACGAGUUGUAGUGUUUGUUGAUGACUUCGUCAGCCGGUGAUUCUGUCUCCGGUACAUCAAUGACAGUCGCAAAUCACGUAGACGCAAAGACUGCCUGUCGUUCCGAGUGUCUGAAGAGAGUGUGUAUCGUCGGGAGGGACAACUCGGUUGGGCUUCAACCAAGCGGACUGACAGUUCUCGCCGGUGACAGCUGCACCGGUGUUCACGUGCGUUACAGCCGAUGUUUGACAGUCACCAGGCGGGAACGCUAUUCUGUACGAAAAACUGCAGUUGUCAGGAUGCAUUUAUGAUGAAGGUGGAGAUUGUUCAUACGCAAGCAACAAUAACAACGACAACGACGACAACAACAACAACAAUAACAACAACAACAACAACAACAACAACAACAUUAGCAGCAGCAACAGCAGCAACGCUCAAAUCUCAUGCGUCAGACAAAUCGUGUAUUGGAUAAUUAUUUCUCAAACUGGAAUACACACACCACCAUCAUACCGAAAGGACGCGUGUGCGUUACCGUGAAGAUUCUUCAUGGGUGUCUUGAGUUCUUAAGUGAAGAACUGUGUUAUCGAAGAAUCAGAGACACAACUGACUAAAUUUAUCGCAGCUGCAGAAAAAUCCUGUCGAUACCGUGGUCCGCUGAAUGUCUCAAAGUGCUGUACUCGCAACGAGAACGAAUAUUUGGAACCGCGGAUGUCCUCCCGGUCCGUUGACCGAGCCAAUCGAGCCUAGAGGCAACAUCUUUAAGCUGUGUUUCGUCAUUCGCGCAUUCUCACAAACAAGCGACGAUGAUCGAAGUAGCGCACUAAGUUAUCAGUGAACGGCCUCCCACUGCGUAAACUGGCGCGAUCCUUCGUCGAAAGUAGAACCCAGCAGGUGACCACGUUGGAUCUCGCGGCGUUGGCUGCCUACGGGGGCGUUUCGGGACCCAGGGUCGCGGUGGCGGGCACCGGGGUCCUCGCGCUAUCCGGCCUGAUACCCGACAAGGGUUUAUCAUCGUCCGGAGGCCAGUCCAAGACAAAGUCCGCAGGGCUGGCGGGUCUCGACAGUGAGGCGGUGCGCCGGUGGGUCGCGGAGGCCGCGCGUACCGUCCGGCCGAUUCCGCCUCCGGUGGUAGUGCCCACGAGCUCACCACAGCAGCAUCAGCAGCAGCAUCAUCAUCACCGCCAGCAGCAGCAGCAGCAGCAGCAGCAACAGCAGCAGCAGCAGCAUCAUCAUUCCGCCCACAGACAGCGUCGGGAGGCCAGUCCGCCGUCGGUAGGACUCUCCCCCUUCGUUCUGCCAGCAUCGAUGACGCAGAGCCCCAGUAUGCAUCUGCUUGAGAACAACAACUUGGUCGAGGUUGUUAUGGCCCAACAGCAACAACAGCAACAGUCCCAACAGUCGUUGCAAAAGCAAAAGCAGACAAGCCCCACGAACAAUAAUACCAUCGAGCCUUGGCGACCGAAUCAGGGCGGGCACCAGUGGUGGAGCCCGCCCAGUAGUGUUCAUCAGGAAACACAGCAGCAACAAAUAUCCUCCAUCGCACAGGUGUCCCAGCCGCAGAGUUUAGUGGCCGGAUCGGUGUGUGGCCAGGUGCAGAGGCAUCAGCCGCAAGUGCAAUCGGAGAUCGAUCAGCCACUCGACUUCUCCGUUGGCUCCCUCCAGCAGCAAAGGCUGCAUUCGCGCGUGAGGACUAUGCAUGAAAGACUUCAUAUUAGAAUGCACGACAACAACAACGGCACGGCUAGCGGCCAAAAAAUCACCAGACAGGGAGACGUGAGCAGGCGAAGUUACAGCCCCAGUGAGGCUAGCACCAGCAGCAGUGAAGAUGAGGGUGUCUCUACCGGCGGCAGUCCUUCGGGGCCUCUUCGGGGCGCCUCAGACUCGUGCGAACCCGUUGCGGAGCGACCUUACGGUAAAGUCUGGAUAGGCGACAGUGAGGUCGCGUGGCGGACCGACCAGUCUUUCAAGAGGACAUCACCCUUAAAUCCCUGUGCCACAACGACUACCACGACGACGACAGGUGGUGGGCUACUGGCACAUCCCCACCUGUCGCCACCCAUAGCAGCCCCUGUUACCACCCCCGAUCACAGAAGCCCUAGUAGCAUGCAUGCGAAGCUUGGCAUCUCGCCCGGUGAGUAGAAAUCCUGCGAGACAAAGCACCAAGCAGAUUCGUGACUGUACAUACCGGAGUCGAAAUUUUCAUUCUAC